GCAUCCACUAGUUUAAUUUAAUCCCAUAAAUAGAAUAGCUCUCUAUCUGUCUCUCUUUCUCUCGCUCCCUCUGUCUCUCUCUCAUGGCUUCCAUAUCUACUCCUCCUUUCCCUUCAUCCACUUGUGCUGAUAAUAACUCCCGUAAAUUUUCCUUCACAAACUCUAAAUCCACGGUCUCAUCAUCGUCCUUCCGGCAUUCCUUACCUUUGAAGAAAUCCUCUGCAUAUCAUGCGACCUUUCAUUCCAUUCCCAGGGCUUCAAACUCUGCAGUUUGUCGCUGUCAGAACCGUUCAGAUUCUCCAUCCCCGUCCGACGCUUAUGAGAACCGGAGAUGGCUUUCUGCUAUGCAGGAAGUUAUAAAAACUGCCCUUAAAAUGAUCGAUGAUUACAGGAAAUCCUACGGGAACCAGUCGAGGAAUGGCUCGAGCGUCGAUGUGGCGGAGAGGGAGAAAAAUAACGCGGUUGAAGAUUGGGACUGGGAUCGUUGGACUAAGCACUUUGGCGAUGUCGAAGAGCAGGAGCGGAUUGUUUCCAUAUUGGAGUCGCAGUUAGGUGAUGCUGUUUAUAUAGAAGAUUACGAAGAAGCUGCUAAGCUCAAAGUGGCCAUUGCAGCUGCAGCGACGAAAGACACUGUGGGCACAGUGAUUUCCCAUUUCAAGAGGGCAAUAGAGGAAGAGCGUUACCGUGAUGCAGCUUUCUUUCGAGAUCACGCUGGUGCUGGACUGACGGGAUGGUGGGUUGGUAUUUCAAAAGAUCCAGAUGAUACUUAUGGUCGGAUUAUUCGCAUAACAACAGAGCAUGGAAAAUAUGUAGCAAGAAGUUACAGUCCUCGGCAGCUCGCUACAGCUACAGCUGGUGUUCCCCUGUUUGAGGUUUUUCUUACCAUGAAUGAUAAAGGUGAAUUUAAACAACAGGCAGUAUACUUAAAGCAAGACAGAGGAAAUUCAGGAGGGUCUUUAACAAAACUAUUUGGUUCAUCUGAUUCUAGUAAUAUCGUAAAUCCACUAAAUGAUGCAACAGAGGGGGAAAGUAAAUUAUCUUCUACAAGUAGUGAAGAUACAGAAGAUGAAGAGGAAAGGGACGAUGAUUCUGAUAUGGCUGAUGAACUGAACAUUUUGCGGGAUAUGAUUCCUGGUGUGAAGGUCAAAGUCGUGAAAGUAACAGCACCAGGGAAGUUAGAUAGGGAUCUAAUCUCUAAGGUGAUAGAAGAUAUUAUGGAGGAAGAGGAUGAAGAAAAAGAUAUGGAAUUAGAAAGUGUGGAAACAGAAGAUGAAGAUAACGCUGAGACUGACCAACAUAAAGAUGAGGUUGAAGCUGAUACUACUGGUGGAAUUGUUGAUAGUACUGAGGAGGGAAGUGAAAUGGCAGUGAAAGUUUUAAUUAGUGGUCUUGUACAAAAACCUUCAAGCAACAUUCCCCCCAAGGACAAACUUAGAGUGCCAGCUAGGCUGGAGAGGACAAGCAACUCAUCAUUUACAUUUUCUAUAGAGGAAGAUGGCAGUAAGAUGGAAGCUGGUGGUAAAGGGCAUACUUCAACGGCUAAAAGCACUAGGCUUCGAGGUCCACGUAGCAUUGACCAUGUUAUGUCUGAUCUUGCAAAGUUUAUCAUUGCUAGGGAGAAGAUACCCAUGAAGGUGCUGAAAGAUGUUGGGGAAUUGUUAAAUCUUUCCCUUAGCCAAGCUCAAAAACGCCAAUCUUUGUCUGGAUCGACACUUUUCAAUCGCAUUGAUAUACCUCCAUCUUCUGAUCCUCUCAGUGGGCUAUACAUCGGUGCACAUGGGUUGUACUCCUCAGAAAUCAUUCAUCUGAGGCGAAAAUUUGGUAUGUGGCAAGAGGAAGGGACACAGAAGCCUCUAAAUCUUGAACUUUGUGAGGAUGGGACACAGGAGCCUCCAAAUCUUGAAUUUUAUGAGUAUGUCGAAGCAUUGAAGCUAACUGGGGAUCCUUAUGUUCCAGCUGGACAGGUAGCAUUCCGUGCGAAGGUGGGCAAACGAUAUCAGCUGCCUCACAAAGGAAUAAUCCCUGAGGAACUUGGAGUGAUUGCUCGAUAUAGAGGACAAGGCAGGCUUGCUGAACCUGGGUUCCGAAAUCCUCGAUGGGUUGAUGGUGAACUUGUCAUUCUUGAUGGAAAGUACAUUAAAGGAGGGCCUGUUGUUGGAUUUGUGUAUUGGGCUCCUGAAUAUCAUUUCUUGGUGUUUUUUAACCGACUGAGGCUGCAGCAAUAAAUUCUUAUUCUGUACAUAGAGUCACUAGAAUGUUCCUACAGAGUUCAGACUUUGUUAGUUGGACAUGGACAAUGUAUAUUCAGUAAGGUGGUCUUCCUUUUUACUUAUUUUCCCCUCAGUAGAGCAUUGGCCAAAGAGAAGUUUCUUGGUGAGACUUUCAUCGGUGACUUGCUGACAGGUGCACUUGUAAGCAUACUCACCUCCCGGAACUAUCUUCUUGUUCCACGUUUCAACUCCUUUUCACUCCCCAUCAUGUCAAUUUUGAUUGCACUCUAUUGUAUAUAAUGGCGCUGCUAUCAAGUCAGUUGAUGGUUGAAUGGCAAAUUUAUCAGAACAUCUUUAAUCUGUUGUAGGGAGGUCACCCCUCUGGGGGAUGUGGGUAGGAAUCAUUAGAACCAUGGAGAACUAGUACCUGAGAAUUUUAAUAUAAGUUAUUACCAGUCUGUGACUUUGUAGGUGGUUGCAGCUAUAUUCAUUAUGCAAACAAACAAAUUAAUGUUUUAGAAAAGUUGCUAUUGAAUCAGAGGGUUGCCUUCAA